AAAUAUAUGAUAAUAGAAAAAGAAUAAAUACAUGUACACAUACUGAUACAAAUGAAGUGAGCUUAGUUUACUUCGGGUACAGUUGGUAGGAUAUUGUUAAUCACUGCAUGAUGAUUUAACUUCGUUCAACCAUUUCAUACAAACAUAAGUUACCUCUUAGUCUAUAUGUUUUUUCCCCAUAUAUUGAAUUUGCCCUAUCCUAUGUCUCAAUUUUGACUGUCGUGGUCAUUUCAAGUAUUCUGGGUUUUUUGACGUGAAAAUAUACAAGAAUGUGGUAGAAAUGGAUAGAGCCCAAACAGAUGCUACAAACACAUUUCUGAAUUAGGAAUCUGUGAUAAUGUUUGAGCAAAGUAUAAACCAAACUAGAGCUGAAGUAAGCAAGUUGAUUAAUCAUAGACAGAAAUGCAAUCAGCAACUAUUGUGAUAAUCAGUUUCGGUUUCAGUCAUUUUUCAAGCAAAAAUGCCAAAUGUUCUCUGGUUGAAGCCUCUGCAAUGUGAGGAUUUAAUGCUUUUCUCUGUUUUAUAUCAACGAGAGUCCGAAGUCGUUACGUGUUGGGGAGGAAGGCUGACUUGUUUUGGUCAGCCCGUGGGAGGACAGCAGGAGGAUUUAUGGAGGCCUGAGACGAACUGAAGCUUUUGUGAUCAUGAGGACGACGCAGAAGCGACAAGUGUGCAUCCUUCUACCAAACAAGCAGCUCCUGGACUGUACUGUCAGGGUGAGAGCCAGAGGCCACGAGGUGUUGAAUAGUGUGUUGAAGCAGCUCGGCGUUAGUGAACUCCAAGUCUUUGGUCUGGCUGUUCUCAGAGAUAAUGAAUACCUCUUUCUUGAUUUGGAGCAAAAGCUGAGCAAGUACUUUGGCAAAAGAUGGAACAGAGGAUCCUUAAUGGUCCCAUUCAUCUUAUUUCUGAGAGUGCAGUAUUAUGUAGAGAGAGGUCAGCUAAUAAUGAGCAGCAAAGUGCAUCAGCUCUACUACGCUGAGCUGAGGCAGAAGGUGCUGCAUUCACAGAGCCGCCAUCAGGAAGCUCUGUUCUUCCAGCUGGCAGCUUCUGCGCUUCAAGCUGAAGUCGGAGAUCUGGAACAGAGAGAGGGGAAUGAUGAGGAGGAGGAGGAAGGAGAAGAGACAAGACAGGAGAGAAAACACAGACAUUACUUUCUUGCUGAAGAUUACUUCCCAUCUUGGCUGAUAAAGCGACGAGGACGAGACUUCCUGCUCCAGCACUGCCCGGUGUUACACGUUGAGCUGAGAGGUGUGUCACGUAGCCAAGCCGUCCUGCAGUUUAUAAAAGAGGCCAGUGGCCUGCAGGAUGGACCAGUCACCUUCUACAGGAUGAGACAGGAGAAAAAAGAGCUGAGAAGUUCAGUCCUUCUUGGUGUGGCUUUGAAAGGAGUCCAUAUUUAUCAGGAGGUGGAAGGGAAGCAGUGUCUAUUGUAUGAUUUUUCCUGGACGGAUAUUGACCGUUUCACUUUCCAGGGCAGCAGGUUUGAAAUCGCUGCAGUGGGCUCUCUGUGCCUCCCUAAGCUGGUGUAUUACACUCCUUCAGCCUUCCACUCCAAACACGUCCUGAGGCACCUCAGUGACAGUCACCGGCUCCACAUCAACACCAGAGAUGCAGUCAGCUACAUCCAGCAGCUGGAAGACAUGCAGGCCAGCCAGUUCUACAAAGAGGCCUACAUCUGUGACACAACACGCUUAACACACAGACUCCAGAGCAACAGCCUCACAUCCUCCAUGUCUGACUGCAGCGUUGCCAUCGAAACAACCGCAGCCUGGUCCAAAGAGGAGGAAGAUAAAGUCUCUGUCACAGAGUUUGAGCUGUGUGUCGACGAGCCAGAGGAGUUUUUUGUUGACAACCCAGCUGAGGUGUCGUGGCUGGCUGAGCUGCUCCACGGUGCGUCUGUCGAUGGACCUUUGGUGUUACCUUCGUCUUAUUGGACAGCUGUCACCGUGGAGAUGAAACAGGUGAGCAAACUGCAGAUCCUUCUGAUUGAAAAUCUCCAGCACAUCAAAAGUUUCAGUGUUUUCUCUGAUCUUUGUGCAGGUUCUGAGGAGGAGAGCUGAUGAAGGAGUUUCUGUGGACUAAUGUACAGCCAGAAGCAAGAGGGAUUCAUCACAUGUUCUGCAGCUCAGGACAAGACAAUUACUGUCACUGCUCACAUGCUUUUUAAAUUAGUAAUCACAGACCUAAUAAAUUCUGUACCUAAUAUAUAAAUUCUGCUAAUAAUUGCUGUAUAUUUCCAGUGAAACACAAGCCCAAACAAAUGCCUUUAACAUACUGUAUGCAAGUAUUAAUAAAAUUAUGUUAACUAAGAAAUUAAUGAGGAAUAAAUAGAUACGUCUGUUUGUUUCUUCUAUCUACAAAAAGUUAGAACUUUGAACUUUUUUAAAUUAAAGCAUUUGUAGAUUGUCUUUGUGUUUUUUUUCAUUUUAUAAAUUGUUUUUUUUUUUUCAUUGUUCAUAUUAAAGCCACCCAAAUGUGCAACGCCUUUAACUUCCUUGACGUGUGGAUUAUGUUCAUGUAUAUUACUUGAAACCUAAUACAAAGAAAGAAAAUGAACAAUGAAUUUACAGAUGGCAAACCACAAUCUGGUGUAACAUGUACUGUUCCAGAACAAAUAUUAUUAUUAUUUCUGUCUCAACAAACAUACAGACAUUAUUCAGCAGGUAGAUAAAAAGUGUAUUAUUGUGCAUAAAACCAUUAUUGUACAUUAUUAAAAAAUAUAUAAAUAAGCAAAAAAAAA